AGGAGGAAGAGAAGGAAGAGGAAGAGAAGGAGGCGGCGGCGGGGGCCGCUGACCGGCGCCGGGGCGGCGCGGCAGCCCCGAGGCCGCGGUGAGUGGAGCGGCGCGGGCAGGCCUGGCCGGGCGGGGGAGGCCCGGGAUGCGACCCAGGGGAUGCGAUCCCGGUCACUUGUGGGCGGCACCGCUCCAGCUCGGGAAAAAGCCUAAUUUUGAGGAUCAGGACCGUGGCUGGAGCCGCCCCCCUGCCCCGCCAAGCGCACAUGUCUGCCUGCCCGUGCCCAGAAGAUGACCAGGCUGCUCUUGGGGGUGACCCUGGAAAGGAUUUGCAAGGCUGUGCUGCUGCUCUGCCUGCUCCACUUCGUUAUCAUCAUGAUCCUCUAUUUUGACGUCUACGCGCAGCACCUGGACUUCUUCAGCCGUUUCAACGCCAGGAACGCCUCGCGCACCCACCCCUUCUCCAACUCGUCCCGCCCCAACGGCACCGUUCCCAGCUACGGGCCAGCUGGUGCUGAGGCCCCAUCCCCCAGCACCAAGCCUAGCACCAACCAGUCCGCCACUGAGAAGCCCUUGCAGCCCUGCCAGGAGAUACCUCCUGGCUUAGUUGGGCGCCUGCUCAUCGAGUUCAGCUCUCCCAUGAGCAUGGAGCGAGUGCAGCGGGAGAACCCUGAUGUGCGCCAGGGCGGCAAGUACACCCCCCCCGACUGCCUACCCCGGCAGAAAGUGGCCAUCCUCAUCCCCUUCCGGCACCGUGAGCACCACCUCAAGUACUGGCUGCACUACCUGCACCCCAUCCUGCGCCGACAGAAGGUGGCUUAUGGUAUCUACAUCAUCAACCAGUUCGGUGAAGACACCUUCAACCGGGCCAAACUGCUCAACGUGGGAUUCAUGGAGGCACUCAAGGACGACGAGGGGUAUGACUGCUUCAUUUUCAGCGACGUGGACCUCAUCCCCAUGGACGAUCGCAACCUCUAUCGCUGCUACGAGCAGCCACGGCACUUUGCUGUUGGCAUGGACAAGUUUGGAUUCAGGCUUCCCUAUGCCGGCUACUUUGGUGGUGUCUCUGGACUGAGCAAGUCCCAGUUCCUGAAGAUCAAUGGCUUUCCCAAUGAGUACUGGGGCUGGGGAGGAGAGGACGAUGACAUCUUUAAUCGCAUCUCCCUGAAUGGCAUGAAGGUGUCGAGGCCCGACAUCCGCAUUGGGAGGUACCGCAUGAUUAAGCAUGAACGCGACAAACACAACGAGCCUAACCCGCAGAGAUUCACCAAGAUCCAGAACACCAAAAUGACGAUGAAGCGGGAUGGGAUCAGCUCGCUGCAGUACCGGCUGGUGGAGAUCUCCCGCCAGCCCAUGUACACCAACAUCACGGUGGAGAUCGGCAGGCCACCGCCCCGCCUGGCCCGCGGCUAGUGCUCCUGUAACCGGGAACCCCUGUGCCUAGGCUGGCUGGGCAUAGCAGGUUUUGCCCCAGCUCAAGAGCCAGGACUGGACAGGGAUGUUUUCUGCCUACUCUGCUGCCUUCUGGAGACGGCUGCCCCCCAGCCGGCCCUUUGGUCCCCAGGAUUUCUCCGUCUCCCCCAUCCCCACGAGUGCAUUUGCAGGACCCCUGCCCCAUACGUGGUGUGUUGGUGGAUGAGCCUGGCUGCCCUGCGAGCAGCUCCUGGCACAGAGGGAGGGGGCAACCCCAGGCUUGGCAAGAAGCCCCCAGUCCAUGCCAGCUCCUGCCUGCACCCUGGGUGGGGAGGGUGAAAUCCCGCUGCUCUGUGAGAGCUGGAGGGUCCCCACCAGCGCUGUGAGAAGUGG